AUGAUUAAUAGUUUUGAGAGGAUGAAGGAAAAGCUGAAUUCAAAGCUUAAUGAUGCGAUGACAAAGUUCCCUGAAAAGGAAAGUUUUAGAAUUUUCAAAGAAAAGAUGAAAAAUAUGAUUGUUGAAGAAAAAACUGAAAGCACAAAACUUUUUAAUUUUCCAAUUAAUGAAAUUGGAGUUGAAGGAAUCAAUUUGACACCAAUAAUGGGUCGAAAAACAAAUGAUCAAACAGAAAAUGAAGAUAAAGAGGGAAAUGGUGAAGAAGACAGUGAUAAUGGUGCAAGUCAACCAGAAGUAGAUUAUUUGCUUGAUUCAAAUGAAGCAUAUAAUGAAGGAAUAAAGAAUGAUGCAGAUAAGAAUAAAAAAGAAGGUGAAAUUAGAGUAAAAGAGAAAGAUGCAAAGAGGAAUGAAAAUCAGAAUGAUGAAGAAGAAAAAGAUGAUCGUGCUGAGGAAACAAAUAAUCAUGAAGAGACUAUUCAACAAACUGAAAAUCAAAAUUUGUUGGAUAAAGUUGUUGACAACAUUGUGGACAAUGUCCUUGGAAUUGGAGUUUCAAGCUUAAAUAGUCAAGAAGAUGAAAUCUGGAAUCACCCUGAAAUGAAAGCUAUUUUCGAUAAUAUUGAUAUAGGCAAGGAAAACUCUGAAGAUAGAAAUGAAGGAGGAACGGAAGCUAAGAACACGAAAGAUGGAGGUGAAGAAAAACAAACAGAAAUUGAAAAAGGAAAUGAAGAAGAUAGAGGAAAGAAAAAGUUAGAAAAUCAAAACAAGAAAGGAGAAAAAGUUGACAAGACAAAAGGAAAUAAAGGAGGUCUCAGUCAAGAUUCAGAUCAAACUUCAAGUAAAAAAUCUAAUGAAUCUUCACCAAAAAUAGCACUUACAAAGAAACAAAUCAAAGACGACCAUCAGAAGGUUGUUAUCAGAUUAGCAAAGAAAAAUGUUCUUAAUCCAAAUCCAAUCUCUGUAUCAAUUCCUACUGAAGUACCAUCAAAGCAUGAUCUGGAUCAACCAAGAGAGAAGAAGCUUGUUGAUGCUUUCAAAUCACCUUUCAAAUGCAGAAUAACAGACACAAAACCCAAACUGACACAUCAGGAGAGUAUUGUCUGUGAAUGGUUGUUCAACUUACAAGGCAAUACACCAGAUGUGGCUGUCCAAACAAAAUAUGGUCAGAUAGCCGAAAGACCAGUUAUGGAAAGUCUAUAUGCAAACACAGAGAUUUUUGGAGAAGUUUUAGACACUUGGUCUGAUUUACUUAACCACCAAGAACUGGAAAGGGAUUUUGGAAAUUCACCAUACAGACUCUUCUUGAAAGUUGGAGUUUUUGUAUUCUUUCCAGUUGUUAGAAGUGCUCACAUUUUUGUGAUUGUCUUCAACUUAAAGAAACCGUCAAUUGAAAUUCUAGACAAUAGUGCAGUUGAGGGGGAUUAUGAAGGGAAAUACGGAGUAAUAAUGAAACCUUUGAAAAAUUUGUUUGUGAGAUAUUUUGAAGAAAUAAACCAUCCAAGAGCAAAUGCAAUCUCAAAAGAAAGUAUCAAACCCCAACGACUUGAAAUGUCAUGGAGAACAGUUAAAAACAAAGUUGAUUGUGGGGUCUUUGCAAUGAGACAUAUGGAGACCUAUAUGGGAAAACCACUCUCAAAGUGGAAACCAGGUCUUCAUAAAGAAAGUGCAGUUCAGCAAACUAUUUUAGAGAAGCUUAGGCAAAGAUAUGCAUACAUAAUGCUAACUUCUGAAAUUAACAUGUUGAAGGCUAAGGUGUUGGAUCUUGCUGAAAAAUAUCAAAAAGUUGAAUUCAAAGUGCGUACUGAUCAUGCAUACAAGGCUAUGCAAACAAUUCAAAAAAGGUUAAAAGAAUAUUAA